AUACCGUACCGGAUACAAAUCGAUACCAAUACAUAGACACUUGCUUCUUUGGAUACGACCCUCUCGAAAAUCAAUACAAAGUAAUGGUCUUACCAAAGUACGAUAUGGAGGAAAAGCCUUGUCAAGUAUUCACAGUGGGAGAUCCCAUGGAGAAGCCUUGGAGAGACAUCCCAGGCAUUGGACUUCACUUUCCAUUAGAACAUGCGGUUUGCAUCAACGGGGUUAUCUAUUACCGAGCAAGUAAUAAACUUCGCGGUUCUACUUUUUUCUUGGUGAGUUUUGAUGUAAGGUCAGAGAAGUUUAAUCAUGUAAAGGCUCCGGAAAUACUGAUGGAUCACCCUUGCACUUUGAUAAACUAUCAAGGGAAGUUAGGAUUUAUGUGUUGCAAGAAGGGUGUGGAAAUUUGGGUUAUGGAGGAUGCGAAGAAGAAACAAGAUUGGUCCAAGAUUAUCUUUUAUGAGAUGGAGGGUUUAGAAAAUUGGCGUAUUGCGGGUGUCACUCAUGGUGGUGAGAUCGUUUUUAUCAAUGGGAUGUUAAAAACUUAUGAUAGAUUAUAUGUCUUCUAUUAUGAUCCAAAGCGAAAUAGUAUGAGAGACGUUGAAGUCGAAGGUACAAUGGUGAAGGAUGUAGAGGGUGAAAGUAAACAUUAUCUUCGUGUAUGGGCUGUUCCGAAUCUUGUCGAGAAUACAAUGCGCUUGUAACUUCCUUUCACAAGGAUUCGUUGCAUUUGCUUAUAUGAUCUUUUCUCUUAUGGUCAAAUUGUGGUUAUCCUCUAUAUAAUUUUGAACAUACUCAGCCUUUUCUGAUUUUCCAACGUACUCGGUUACUUGAUUCUUUGUUCAUCUCUUCAUACACUUACCCUCUACAAAAUACUGAUUAAGUUGCUAGGCAGUGUAUCAAUAGGUCUGUGGAUUGUUCUUUUGUAGUCUUUUCAACCUCCUUGCAUUGGCUACAAAUAUGAACUGUAAGAAGAUGGUUCAUGUUUUAUUUCUUCAAUAUGAUUUUAUUCAUGUGGAGACAAUACAAUUCCUCAAACUGG